GUGGGGCCCCGGUGGAGGGGCUGCCUUUCUGGCGCGUCCAGGCGUAAAACCCGGUCUUCUCCUCCGCAGACACCUCAACACAGAACACGCGCUCGAUGACCGAAGCACGGCCCAGUGUCGAGUUCAGAUGCAGGUGGUACAGCAGCUGGAAAUACAGCUGGCGAAAGAAAGCGAGCGUCUCCAAGCCAUGAUGGCCCACCUUCACAUGAGACCUUCAGAGCCAAAGCCUUUCAGCCAACCUCUGAACCUGGUCUCCAGUGCCACCCUCUCCAAGAGCACUUCCGAUACGUUCCCAGACGGCUUACCUCAUCCCCCCACCUCCGCCAUCCUGGAGACCCCAGACAGGCAGCUAACGUUGAAUGAAAUCUAUAACUGGUUCACGCGGAUGUUCGCCUACUUCAGGAGGAACACAGCCACCUGGAAGGGCACCGGAGUGACUCUGCGCUAA